CGCAUUUUCCAGAUCACCACACUCUUCUCUCCCACAAACCUUUCUUUACUCCAGUCUGGUUCUGUGUCUAUCCCUCCUCUUUUCUUUUUCCACUGGUCCCCUUUCUGUCUCCUUUUCAUUAUUACUCAUGUUCACGGUUCCCUAUCUAACAUCCUGCAACCAUUGCCGGGAGAAGAAGCGCAAGUGCAACGGCGAGAAGCCCACAUGCAGCCUGUGUCGGGCGCAUGGCGUGCCUUGCGAAUAUCGGCGAUCAAGGCGUUUCCGGAAGCGUGUCCAAGCGCCGCAGGCGAUGCCCUUACACACAAUAAUGCCAGCGCCGGGGCAGCAGGCGCGCAGUGACACUCCUAACCGCCCGAGGCAGGACUCGUCAGCACCCCCAGCUAGCUACUUUAUCCCAGUACAGCCGCAACAGCCCAGUAGCACAAUCGCACCAGCCAACUCGUAUCCAGUGGCAUCUGUAUUCCCUCAGCAGCCGCAGCGAUUCUCGGCACCACUGUCGACACCCGCGCAACAGCAGCAGCAGACACCUAGUACGAGUGCACAGCUGCCGAACAAUGUAGCGGCUCUGUCGAGAUUGCUAGCUGGAGACAUGUAUCCACAGACACAGCAGCUGCCGCAGCCGGUAUUGCAAGGGAUUAAUACGUACAUGUCGCCGUUUGCGAAUCCGUGGAGCCAGUCGUCGCUGCCAGAGUGGAUUGGGCAGCAGAAGCCCGAGGCUGAAAUUAUUUCAAACCUGGAGAACAUCGCCAAUGCACAUUCAACCUCGCCGCUGCUGCAGACGCAGUAUGCAACCAGUCCCGGAUGCAUGCCGUUUAGCAACCUGAAUACCCAGCUGAUGUCCAGCCUGGAUCCGUUCCAAAUCAACCAACUGCAGCAGCAGCAGCAGAUGGAUAUUGCACUCAACGGCAGCCAGGAGUCAUCGCUGAUAGAGUCGCUCAGUUUGCCAACGAUGCUGUCGUCGGUGCCUGCCAGUGUGGCUGGGAUUCCAAUUAACCAGGCAACUGGCGGCAUGAACUCUGCAUAUAGCAGUGAACUGGGGAACAGCUCGAUGCACAGUCAAUCGCCAUCGACAAUGGACAUGGGAAACAGCCCAGGCGCCGGACGGCUGCUUGACGGCGAGCUCCAGCGACUGGCAGGCACUGCCGAUAACCUGGCCAGCGGCGGAGCACCCAAGCGCAACUCCACCACCGACACGUCCGAGAUGGCAACGUCGUUUUCGCAGCUGCUGUCAUCGGCAGAGGCGACGCCAAAGUCAGCCCAGGCAGGCAGCUUCUCGACCUUUCCUGCGCAGCGUCUCAAGACACAGCGCAGGCGUAGCCGUAGCGAGCUGCCAGCAGUUACCAGUGCGCAGCGACUCUCAGACUUCUUUCGCCAGGAGGUGCUACUCCGAGUCAUUCGCAUGGUCUUCACACGUACGCGCACGUCGCUUGUCAACGUCGACAUUGAGCUGGCGUGGUUCAUGAUGCUCAGGGGUGUGAUCCCGCGGAUCUGGCUGUUUGCAUUUAUAGCCAGCAUGGCGCGAGGCCACGUGAUCGACCAAGCCCUGGCGCAGCAGCUGCCGGCGAAUUUCGACGAGUCGUGCUAUGAGUACGCAGUGCGCGAUGUGCCGCUGGUUGCGGCGUCGCCGUCGUUGUGGAGCGCGCUCAGCCUGCACCUGAUUGCUCGAUACGAGUUCCAGUCGGCUCGGUACGAUCUGAUGCAGCAGCACUUUGAGAUGGCGGCGGAUAUUCUGGCCAAGACAAAGUUCCACGGGUACGCGUUCCCGUGGACCGAUGUGCCCGAGGCCGAGAAGCAGUCGUUCGAGUUUGACUACUACGUGUACACGUACUGGGUCGGGUUCCAGUGGCACCUGGUGUGCUGCUUCAACCUGGACCGACCGUUUAAUAUGGAUCUGGAGCCCACGGCAAUGCCAAUACCGACGUGCGGGCGCGGGUAUUUUGCGCCGAACCUGCCGUGCAGCUUUGAUCUGCUAACGAUUCUGCCGGCGAACAGCUGGCCGCAGUCGAGCCAAAACAAAGGUCUGACCAAGGUUCCGUUCCGUGGGUUCAGCGACACAGAGUUCGAGGCGUGGCGGCCGGCCGAGUGGAAGACCAUUGCGCCCAACUACAAAAUCACCGUGGCGCUGCAGCAGAUGCUGCCGCUGGGGGCGAUGCUGUACCGGCUGCAGUGCGAGUUCUGCGAGGGCAAGCUCACACUGGUGGACUAUCUGCAGAGGCUGCGGAUCAAGCAGGAGCGGCUGAACCGGUGGCAGUACUCGCUGCCCGACGAGUUCGAGAUCACGCCCGAGCUAGUUGUGCGUCUGUAUGCGGCAGGCAAGACCUGCGCAACGCCAGGGGUUGAGAGCAACAUCAUGAUGAACUUUAAGGAGCUGGUGAUGACGCUCGGACUGUACAACUCGCUGGUGAUCCGCGCCAACCGCGUGGCGCUGCUGGGGAUGCUGCGUGAGGAUCUGGCGAGCCCAGCCACAUCGAUGCAUAUGCGGGUAUUUGGGAUCCGGGAUUACAUUGAGGCGCAGAUUCCGCAAGACGAUGAGCGCGGCAACAACGGGCUGUGGCAGCGCAACAUGGAGUUCCACCGGUGCCGGUCGCUGUGCUACGAGUCGAUCGAUAUCCUCUGCGAUGUGGUGCAGAUCAGCUUUAUGCUCCGGCUCAACGUGUUUACAUAUGGCACAACAUAUGUGGCCAUUGCCGGGGAGAUGAUCAAUGUGCUGAUCAGCCAGCUGGGCAUCAACGACAGGCACGUCAAGUGGCGGACGAAGACGCGACUGGCGCAUCACUGGGCGCCGGCGCUGUAUCUGUUCGUGUAUGCGAUCCGGGCGCUGUCAGACCCGGGGUUGGUUUUGGAAGGGAAUGUGGAUCUGGUUUCGCGCAAGAGCGCAGAGGAUAAACAGACAGACAGCGACGGCAGCAAAUCGGCGGGUGUGGGUGGAGGGCAGGCGUUGGCACAGGUUCCAGAAGCGGCAAGCGAGGCGGGGGUGCCGGAUAUUCCGAACCCGUUCCCCAGCAACCACAUCAUCAACCUAAUUGUAGCAGAGCUGGACCUCAGUCUGGCCACAUUCCUGGCACCGGCGUACCCGAUGCUGCUGCUAAAGAUCUUUGCAGGCAAUUCGCAGCAGUAAUAAUGAGUAAAAUAAAUGCUUUUAAACA